UGCUGCUGGUGAUGGUAGUGAUGAUGAUGAUGAAACUAACAGUAAAGCACAGAGAGAGCAGAUGAUAGCAGUCACACUGCACUUCUCUCUGGUGUUCGUGUAAUAGUGCUUUUUCUGGAGGGGGGAUGAUACAUGAUACAUGACUGAUAAACGAUGGAGGGCAUUUCCGCUCCCCAGCCUGAGCAUCUCAUGAUGUUAGUGAGGAAGCUGAAGGAAAUCUUCGACAUGUGUGAUGAAGAUGAAGACGGAUUUAUCCGAGUUGAACACUUCGUGCAUCUCGGAAGGCAAUUCGGCCAAACGGAUGAGGAGAUAAAGAAGUUUGCGGAGUGCCUGGACCCGAACGCAAACGGCAAGAUCAGCUUUAAAGAUUUUUGCCAUGGCGUGUUCGCCAUUAAAGGUUGUGAUGAGAUCCUGAAAAAUAUUCUGGAUUCACAUGGACACAUUCUGGACACACAUGCAUAUCAGACAGACAACAGUUUUUAUUAUCAGAUGAUUCAUGUACUGUGUGUGCAGAGUGGUGAUGAGAGUGGUGUUACACAGCCCUGCCUACUGUACCCUCUCGAGUCCGAAAUGGACGGCAGCACGGGGUCCGAGUCAUCUGACGCUCGCCACGACGACAAAGAGGAAGCCCUUAGUGCACUGUUUCUACCUGGGAAUAGUUCGAAUCAGCUAGUCUCGUCAACAGCGGCGUCUGUCAUUUCAGCAGAAGAGCAGUUUGAAGAUUACGGAGAAGGAGAAGAUGUAGAUUUUAUUCCUAGUAGCCCGUGUGCUGAUGAUGAUACGAGGACAAACGGGUUUUCGGAUCUGGGCUCCUCACUGCCUUCCAGUGCUGGACAUACGCCUCAGAAAAUCAGACACUUUUACAACAGCGAGCUGCUGGAUGUUUAUUGCUCUCAAUGCUGCAAGAAAGUGAACUUGCUCAACGACCUGGAAGCUCGACUCAAGAACCUCAAAGCCAACAGUCCAAACAGAAAGAUCUCCAGCACAGCUUUUGGAAGACAGCUUUUCCAUCACAGUAAUUUCAGCAGUAGCCAUGGCAGCACUGAGGAUUUAUUCCGCGACAGCAUUGACUCCUGCGACAUUGACAUCACCGAGAAGGUAAGUUACCUGGAGAAGAAGGUGACAGAGCUGGAGAAUGACAGCUUGGCAAACGGAGACCUGAAAUCCAAACUGAAACAGGAUAACACACAUCUGGUUCACAGAGUACAUGAGCUGGAGGAGCAGAUUAAGGACCAAGAGACAAGAGCAGAGCAAAAUUUAGAGGAGGAGCUGAAAAGACACAGGGAGAUUUACAGCAAGAUGGAGAAAGACAAGAGCAACCAAAUAGAGCUUCUUUCAAACAGGGUACAGCAGCUAGAGGAGGAAAACUCUGAGAUGAAGGUGAAUGUUUGCCGAUUAAAGUCUCAGACUGAGAAACUGGACCAAGAGAAGCAGCGCAUGACUGAUAAACUGGAAGACACGAGCCUGCGCCUGAAGGACGAGAUGGAUCUGUAUAGGAAGAUGAUGGACAAGCUGUGGCAGAACAGACACGAAUUUCAGAAAGAGCGAGAGGCCAUGCAGGAAUUGAUAGAGGACCUGCGGCGCGAGCUGGAGCACUUGCAGCUGUUUAAGUUGGAAACGGAGAGACCUGGGCGUGGGAGAGCCGCCCUGUCAGAAUUCAGCGCUAGAACGCGUGAGAUCGAGAUGGAACAUGAAGUCAAGCGCCUCCGUCAGGAGAACCAUAAACUGCGGGACCAGAACGACGAUCUGAAUGGACAGAUUCUCAGUCUCAGCCUGUACGAAGCUAAAAACCUGUUUGCGUGCCACACUAAAGCUCAGAGUCUCGCUACCGAGAUUGACAACGCGUCCCGAGACGAGCUGGUCGAGGCUCUGAAAGAACAGGAGGAGAUCAACUUCCGCCUCCGACAGUACAUGGACAAGAUCAUCCUGGCUAUACUGGACCACAAUCCCUCCAUCCUGGAAAUCAAGCACUAGGAGUAAAGUUUGGCAUCUUGUGCCACCUGGUGGCUGAUGAAAUGAAGCACGCUGACAAUUCCACUUUACAUCUAUAUCAGGAGAUGUACACUAUAUGGACAAAAGUUUGUGGACACCUGACCAUAAGAUUGGUAUGUGCUUUUUGAACACUCCAUACCACUAUUUGUAGGUAUAAUAACCUCAACUCUUCUAGGAAGAUUUUUUAGUGUGCUUGUGGAGAUUUGUGCUCAUUUAUCCACAAGGGUGUCAGCACUCCAAUUUAUCUGAAAGGUAUUCAGUAUUAUGAGGUCAGAGCUCUAUACCAGGAGAUCCUCCACUUCAGACAAUGUAAAACAUAUCUUCAUGGAGGUGGCUUUGUGCACAGGGGGCAUUGUCAGAGCAGGAUUGGGUCUCCUAGUUCAAGUGUGCCUCCAACUUUGUGCUAACAGUUAGGGGAACAACCACAUAUGAAUGCGUCUGGAAAAGUCAGGUGUCCAAAUAAUUUUGGCCAUAUAGUUAAUCACACUGAUGAGCUGAAAAAAGAAACCAAAACAAAUACUACAUCAGGAAUAUAAUGUAAAAUGUGUCCUGCAUUUAUGUAUACAAUAUCGUAUAGAUGCAAUCCACUGUUUUCAAUUAUUCUCACACAAAGUAGCUCUCCAGUGAAAUCAGUCCAGGAUGCGUAGAUGUGGUAAAAAAAAUAAAAAAAGUAAAAAAUACAGCGUAAAAACAAAUAGCACUUUGAUAACCUUAUAGCACCUUUACCAAUGUAGACUUUUUUUUUUUUUUAAUAACCGCAUUUUCUUGUGUGUGGUUAAACAGAUUUGAUCAAUUAACACAAAAAAAACCACAAGAUUAUAAACUUCGAAAACAACAUUGUUCUAAUAACUGUCCCCUGAAAUGUGAUAAUCACCUACAGGGGUGUGUGUGGUCGCAAUCGAAUCCCUGUACAUAAACUCCAUAGUGUGGCUGUAAAGUAUUUAGCCUCUAGAGCAAAUGUUUUCACGUUCCAUCUAAUGCUGUUUUGAGGUUUAUUAAGAGUUUUAGAUUGUGAUGUAAGAUGUAUAGAAAUGUAUAGAAUCUGCUAGUAUUGAAAAAAAUAAAACCAAAACAACAAGGUUCACUGAAGCAGCACCAGCUUCAUGUCAGCGUACUAGGGCCAUAAUCAGUUAUGAUACUUUAAUAUUAUUAUUAUUAUUAUUAUUAUUAUUAUUAUUAUUAUUAUUAUUAUUAUUAAGUAGGGUUCUUUUGCACACAAUAACAAAGGUUUGGAGCCCUGAUAUAACCGUUUGUGGUUUGCUGGGGGUGGGUGUAGAAUGGACAUUUGAGAGAAUGUGCUUUUCCUUGGCAGUAAAGAAAAACUAAAGGUUUACCUUAGACAGAGCAAUUUCAUGUAAAAAAAAAUAAAAAAAAUUAUAAUAGUUAGUAUUAAUAAAUCAUUUAUUAAUCAAAUAAGUAAAUACACAAAAAAAAAUUUCAUUGAAUACUUAAGACUUAAGCAAAGAAAAGAAAGGAAAUAAAACUGAAGCACAAGCUAAGUGCAAAGAGUUUAAUCGCAGAGCAAUAGACUGAUAUGCUGAUAUGCUGAUAUGUUUUUUUUUUUUUUUUCAGCAUUGUUUGCAGUAUCUUCAGAGCAUUUCUGUACGUUCAGCUUCUUCUGUGUGACACUGAGUAGCAUUUGGGUUCGCUCUUGUACUGAAGCACGAACAGCCUUGCACCUCAUGUCACAUAUACAAUGCUUGGCUAGUCAUAUUUGUUAGCUACUUGUUAGCUACGUGAACUCUGUCAGCUGAACAACACCAAGACAGGGCAGAAAUCACAAGUAAUACGACUUCACUUGUAGUCGCCUCAGUCAGUGUUUCCUGAGGUGACAUUUGAUGCUCGACACAAUAGCAACUAGCAUACGUUUACAUGGGGCUAAUGAAAGUAGCUAAGAAUGAUUUCUGUGUGUAUUGUUCUUCAGUCAGAGCGACACUUUGGUCACAUUGUCUUUUAGUAUCCCACUGAAUUUUUACAGCUUCCUCCUCCUGAAAUGAACCUAGAAAGAAUUAUGAUAUUGUGACGCUUUAAGGAUUUUAUUGUUGUGCUUGUCGUAUCGUCUAACUGAUGAUCGGCUGCACAUUUGCACAUAUUGUUUAUAGGUUACAUUCACCAUAUACUUUGAGAAAUAAAUACAGGAUAGAGGAUGUGUUCACAAAAAGACAACAAAAGACAUUGAAUUGAACCCCAUGACAAGACUCGCCUUUCUCUCUUCCUACAAAGUUCCCAAAAUUUUUUUUAUAUAAUUAUCUAAUCCUUAAUUUUUUUUUUUUUUUACUAACCCUGAAAUGGUUUACUAAACCAUUGGGAAGAAUAUAAAUUCUACAUGAAAUCACUAUUAUAGCUAAUAAGAAACAUCUGAAAAUCAGAGGAAGUCUUUUAGGUAAUUUUGAAGUUAAUAGAUUAUACACACACACACACACACACACACACACACACACACAUAUAUGCACACGGCGAGAAAGACAUUUGCAUCCUUAUUUAAAAAAAAAAAAAAAAAAGUGGAAAAAACAUUCUUUUUAUACAAACUUCGCCCUUUUUUUCUGUUAGUGGUGUGAGGAAAAGCCAUCGAGGCCGUGUUUAUGAAAUACAGGGUAGUUUUAAGUGGACUUUCUUCAGCAUGGAUAGAUACAGUAUAUCUGUUCUGUGUGUGGGGAGGACAGAUAUACCUCCGAUUACGUCAUUUCAACUUACGCCAUUUUUGAAUAUAGUUUUUUUUUGUAAAUAAUAAUGGGGAGAAAUAUUAAAAACCCAUGGUAGGAGCCAUUUUAGGAUUGUAUUUAAAUGUACUUCUACACAGCUAGGGGGCGCAUGGUGUAUUUAUAUUAAGCGGUGGCACUGACUUGAAGGUCAAACUAACUUUUUUACGUUGAUGGCGUGAUGGGUUUUUAUUUGUUGUUUUAUUUAAUUUUUUACAUCAGCAUCGAAUAAAAUGUUUUGAUUAUCGAAAAUAUAGUCAAAAUGUUGAACUAUCGAAUGACUCAUUGUAUUGGAGAUGUUUAUGGGGUUGCUUAUUGGAAGGAAGUGAUUUUCACCAAAGCCCCCCAGUCCUAUUGCAGAGUGGCAGAACCUCAACAUAAUGCUGCCACCACCGUGCUUCUUAUUUUUACACUUUUAACAAUGAGCAUUGUCGUAAAGGAGCUUUACAGAAUUCUGGAUAUAAGAUCCAAAUUGAUCACUGAAGAGCAAGCCAGAGAUGAUCCUGAACAGAAACCCAGUCACAGCAGAAGAAAAGCAGAAUAAUAACACUGCCACCAAUGUGCUUCAUCUUUUUUUUCAUAAGCUCGAUCAGCAGUCCCCUACCAUUUUUGCACCACAGACCAGUCUCACAUAAGAUGAUAUUUCGACAGGCGGAAUACACACAAUAACGUAUAUUACUAUUAUACAUAUGAUUUGAACUAUUUAUUCGAUAUGUAUGCAAUAAAAAAAUUCUUUAACUCACUAUAAUGGAAAAUCAGUGCGCGCUUUAUUCAUUGAUGCAUAGAAAAAACUGCGAAAGUCAAUAAAAUGAAAAAAAAAAAAAAUACAAAUUAAAAGUUUUUAUUCUUUCUGUGCAGCCCAGUACCAGUCUGCAAACCGGUGGUUUGGGACCGCUGAGCUACCUCAUAUUUGUCUAGAACUAAAAGUACAUUGGAUGCACACACCACAUUCAACUUCUGACAAUUUCUAAGUCUUUUCUUGAAGAAUAAUUUCCUUCUUGACACAGACGCUUUAAAACAGAUAUACAGAUUUAUACAGAUUCACUCAGCACAGUGACUAGCUCGAAAGAGAAACAAGGUGGUUUCACCCAAAUUGAAAUUCUUAGUUGCUUUUCGUUUCGUAUGUGUUGUAAAUAUGACAUUGUGAACAUUUAGGGGGAAAAAAUAGCAUUUUUUCAUUAAUAUGCUAACACCGUAAUCAACAGGCUGAAACACAAUUGCACUUGUUUUUUUUACCAAACUCUAGCAUAUAACAUAUAAAAACACUCCCCUUACAUAAUGAGACAACCAAUUCUAGCCUGUUUGACGUAUUUUUGCCAAACCGAACAACCCUGUACGAUUAAAAAGUGCACUCAGUGUAAAUGCCAUGAAUGUAUCACUUCUGUUUUUUGUUUUUUUAUCACUGUGUAACAUAAUUUUAUUUAUAGACAUAUAUACAGUAUAUAUAUAUAUAUAUAUAUAUAUAUAUAUAUAUAUAUAUAUAUAUAUAUAUAUAUAAAACACCUUAUGUUAAGACAGUAUUGCUGAUGACUGUGUAGUUCAGAUUCCUGCUGUAUGCAGAAAUGCACACUAUCGCACAAAUCGCAUGCGGUUAGUCCAUGCCUAUUUUUUCCUUUGAUUUUGAGUACAAUUUUCUUUGUAAAGAAAUACAGUACUAUGCAAAAGUCCUUCGCCUCCACCAGCUGUGUUAUUGAGUGGCAUUGCUGAUGCAAAUAUCAUUUUAUAUCUGUGAAAUUCUGUGAUCUUUAGCAUUUUUAAUGAUAAGAUGUGAUUGAAAAUUUUAUUAGCAAGCUUUUAAUGAACUGGUCAUACAGCAUAUGUAUGUAAGGCUCAAGCAUGUCUUGCACAACUCUGGUGGAAUAGACCUUUUUCACAGAUGUCAUUUAGACACAAUAUAGUAGGUCAAAUAUAGGCGUUAACAAUGACAUUAAUUAGUAGGUUUAUGAGAGCCAGGUUCCUGCUAUUGUUCAGGUGUAGGGGGAAAUCACAAUACAGCAUAAUACAGCAUACAAUUUUGCUUUAUUUUCUGGUUGUAUUCUAUUAAAAAGGCUAAGAAAUAAUUCUGUAUGGUUAUCUAAUACACUUAAUAGUGGCCUAAGACCUUUGCACAGUACUCUAUAUACUGUACUUUCUUCACUUAGUUGUAUUGUAGCGUUGUUGUACAUUGUACAUACACUUUGUAUUUUUACACACACCACACACACACACACACACACACACACACUCAAAUCCUAGAUAUUGAUGAGUUCAAUGGUUGUUUUUGUUUUUUAGUUUUCUGACUGAAGCAUGUACAUGGCAUUUUCACUACCGUUAUUGCAAUUUUGCUGUUGUAAAGAUAAAACUAGAUAAAACGCCUCUCAUGCAUGUGUGUGUGUGUGUGUGUGUGUUAUAUAGCGAAUUUUUGUAAUUCUAGCUGAAAUAUGAAAUCAUUCAUUGAACAAAUUUAGGCACUUUUGUAGGAAUGUUCCAUCUGCACAUUAGACCUUUAUGUAAUAGCGGUCCCGUGUUUGCACUAAUAACCCAGCACAUAGAUGAAUAAAGAAAUUUCUUUCAUAAAUGUCAAACAAAACACACUUUCACAAUGUUAUUUAUUUUUUCUUGGUACUGAUUUGAUACUUGGUUGCUCACCUGUCCCCACACACAGGCUAAACUUUUUUUUUUUUGUUAUAAAAAAGAAAAGAAAAGAAAUCAAUGUUCAUGAUCUAGUGAUCUAGUGACAAACUGCAAAUGGAAAAUUAGUGUAUAAUAAAGCAUUUGCAUUGGCAUGAC